AUGUCGAGCAAAGCAUCGCUUGCAACAUCACUAGCCAGGGCUGCUGCCAGCACCAGCCGCACACAUGCUGGCGCUCGAACAAGCCGUUUCGUCCUCCCACAAUUGUCUCGCCAAUUCGCCAAAAGUGCACCUGUUACUUCGACCUACACGCACUCUGAGUCGACAUCAUAUCCUGAUUCCUCUUCUCCCAGCACCAGCAACAUUCGCAGAGCUCAACAAGGUCCAUCCCGCUCCACACCGCCCGACGCAUCAACACUGCUGCUUCUAAACACAAUCCCCAGCAUCCCCGAGUACGGCUUUACAAAACAAGCCUACCUCGGCUCCACCCCUUCGCUUGACCCUGAAGAAGUCACCAAACGCCUUCGUAUCCUCACAACCCUCUUCCCUGGUCCGGAUAGCGCAUUCGACAGUCAACUCUUCCGAACCUGGUCUCGUAUUUGCGAUCUUUCCAUCAUCCAUUCCACCCCUCCCGAACAGAUCCUUGCAUCUCUCAUCGAUGGAGUCAACCUAGCCGAUGCGCAAGAAGGCAAACCAAUCCGAAUGCAACGCAGUCUAACCUCAGCCGACCAAUCUUGCGCACUAUCAAAAGUCACUGCUCUUCUCGAAGAGCGAUUACGACUUAGCUGGGAAGUGAAAGGACAUAUGAUGCAUGGCCUCUCCGCACUCUCCACCCUUUCCCCUACCGCAUCGAGACUUCAUUCGGUGUUCCCACACGGAACGACCCUUCCCAACCUACCCAAUCCAGCACCGCUCCUCAACCUCAGCUCUGAGCUUGUUUCGAUGGUCCUCACGGAUCCCAUCGCACAGAGAAAAACAGGAUGGAUAGAUCCAGAUGGUCCCUCGUGGUACACCAUCCGUUCCCGCCUCACUUUAGCAUACACAAUGGCGACACUACAUGCGGCAUCACCUAGCGUAACUUCGAUCCAAGACACGCAAGCCCUGUUUCAAAGGAUAGUGAGGGCCAGAGAUUCAGGCCUCGCUGCAACAGUGGGUGGUUUGGCACAGUCGGGGGCUGAGUGGGUAAGGUGGGGCGGUAGAGGUUGGCUGGGUAUUUUACGCAGUUUGGGACUCUAA